GAUAUCAUACGCGAAAGUUCAGUCUGACCCAUCGGACAGGAAUCAGAUUUACGCUCCUGUUUAUUCCCUUCAGUACCUUGUAGUAUCGUAUUUCAAACUUUCAACAGACGUGUCUGACCAUUUUCCGCUGUUCCCACGCGCUAAAGGACAAUGGAAGUCACCCUAAUUAGAAUAGUGUAUUCGGUCUUUUAAUAAAUUAUAUUCUCGUUGUCUUGGGUGCAAAAAGGUUGCAAAGGUUAUGAUAAGAAUUGAUUGCGGUAAAGAGUAUGUGUUGGUUUUGGUGGUCGAUUGUUUAAUCAAUAUAAAAAGUUCAAGUGAAUAAAUAUCUACACACGCAGAGGGUUGUUGGUGGCAACAAUUGUGCGAAAAAUAUCAACAAGUUCUAUGUGUGCCCCAGUUUUGUCUGCUCGUGGCAUUCCCCGAGUUUCCUCACAGUUCACUCCUUAGUCGCGACACUUUCUGUGAAGUAGGACGGACGUUUCGUGCUUCGUGACCGCGAAAAUAAUCCGGGGGUGAACAGGAAGAAAAUGUGUUUGUAACGUGGUUUCAGCAAUCCGUGGAAAAGGGUUAUUAUUUUCUUUAGUUUUUCGUUAAUUGGUUUGCUAAAUGGGUCGUAGAUCGAACAAACCGCGUGUCAUACCAGAGCAAGACAAUCGAAUAUGUGGUUCGAUAUGCAUUUGUCAGCUGACCAUAGUGUUAUCCUGUGUGUCGAUAGUCUACCUGAGCGUCGCUAUCUAUAUGCCGUCUUAUAAAGCUUUCAAAUCAGGAUUCGAGCCUGAUCCGGUAAUGUGCAAUACAGUAGAUUUGGCGAUGCCCAACAACUGCCCCUGGGCUUCGUGUGGUGAAUGGUGUUUAACUAAAACGAGCGGAUACUGCCCUCAGAUACAUUCUGUUGUAAGGAGAAAUGGUACAGAUAUCCAAUUGAAUAAUUGUACAAGGAUAGCUACAACGGCGUGCCCUCAGGUCGAUCCAGAGAACUUGAAAAAAGUAAAUUGCAACAAUGGCUUGGCGUGUGCGACGCUCAACGGAGUAUUCAAUUGUUCAAAUGGUCAUUGCAAAAAUAUGUCCGAGUUCUAUCUAUGUCAUCAUAAGGCUGACGGGUUCACCCUAGAUCCAGAUAAGGAUAACACGAAGUUAAAUGGGUUUUUCGAAUGUUCAGGCGCCCGAUGUACGAAAAUAAAGAACAAAUUCACCUGUGACCGGUAUUGUUCGAAAAUUACGACAACCGCCGUUAAUGUGCUCAUAAUUCAGGAUGAUUCAUUAAUUACCGCUGAGUGUGAUACAGCUGUAGCCUUUAACGAGGCACGUGGAGCGGACGCAGGAGUUCGAAUCGACCCACCGAAGCAGUUUUGGGCUGAAACAGAUGGUAUCCUGCUGACAAGCUGUAUGGGAGUUGUUAAGGACGGUGACAAAAUUCGAGCAUCAGAUUGUUUGAACGGGACGUUGUUGGCGCAAUCCACCAUACCUCAUCCCUUCAUGAAUUUCACACAAUUUUGGAAAAUUUAUGAAGAAAGUGAUAAAAUUUUAGAUCCUUCACAGAAAUUUCUGCCAAAACAAUCCACCUUGACAAUAUACAACUUCAGUCGUCUCUACAUCAACUUGGAGGGAUGCGUCAACACCCUACGGGGCGAGUGUAAGGAAUUCGUGGCAAAUUACGGUAAGGAUGGCGAUAAUAACACGCACGUAUCACGAUAUCAAUGUUACUACAACAAGCACGAUUCCAGCUUUGCCGUGGCCCGUUAUGAUUUGGCGAAAACCUAUCGGGAAUUGAUAAUUGCAAUUUCCGUGCCGUCAGUUCUCUUCGUUAUAUCCUUUAUAUCUUUGUGUAUAAUAACGCAAUCUGUGAAGGUGGGAGAUGACGCGAAAAUGAGAUGUAAAUAUUGUUCGGACGAGAAUUCCGAUUUAGAAGAUAAUUUGCCCAAGUCUAGUAGUAAAAAGCAGCUCCAGAAUUUGAAUAAUACGAAUCUGUCUAGAGGGGGCGGCGAGGAUUCAGACAUUUAUGCGGGGGCUGCUGCGGCUGUUUCUACAGAAAUGUUUCAGCAGGACCCAUCAAUGUUGGAUGCUCAUGAGCUAGCUGCUAGUACAAAAUCACUACUACCAAUUAGUCCAAUAACUGAGACCACCGAGAAGACCUUUUCUACAACGGAUACAAACGACAGCGCCGAGAAACCUUUAAUGAUUAUAUAGAUGUUUUUUUCGAUGUUUUAUCUAUUAUUAAUGACUAAUAAUACAUAUAUGUAUAUUUGGGAUCAAAACUACUCAUACACAACCACUAUCCAAUGCCUCUUUGUAAAAAUUUAGAACGUAUACAUAUAUAUACAAAGUAUAAGUUGUGUAAUAUCUGUAAACUUUUUUUAAACCUUUACAUGGAUCAUUUAUACAUAUUACAUAACGGGAAUAUUCAAUCUAAAUGUAUAUGACUACCUCUAAUCUGAAUUUUAUAUGAGAAGAAGUUUCCAAUUGAAUAAACUACGUGUAAGCUGCCUUUUCUAUCCUUCAUCGACUGUGUUCUUUGCAGUUCUAUAUUAAAAAAUUAAUGAAUUUUCUGCUUAUAAACGACUACAAGGCUUUAUCAUAGAAAGGGAUUUGAAUUGUUACUCUAUCUACAUUUUAUAUUAUAAAAAUAGAUGUUUUAUAAUCGGUUAAUUAGGUAGCUUUAUAAAAAUCUUAUAGUGAUAUUUUAGAAUACUUCAGGAAAUCCUUAGAGCUAUUCGCCGAUGAUUUUCCAAUAUCAAAAAGAAACAAUAGGAAUUGCUUAAAAACUGGAAAGACAUUGUAUAUUACACUUCAGUGGAGUAAAUUAGAUGCUUUGAGUUUAGCUAUAGUCGCAUUUAGGAUAAUUUUACUGCACCAAAACUCAUAACUUCACUUAAAGUGAUUUCAGGUAUUGAUGAAAAAUGUGGACACCUGCAGCCUUUCAGUAGUUCACUACCGAUUCUGUUUCACAUUUCUAGAUAAAAUACAUAUUUUAUACUACAUAUAUGUACUCUAAAAGAAUUAGAAAAAUAUAUAUACAAUUUUAGCAAUAAUUUAAGAUUAGCACGACUGCAAGGUGCCUUUCAUAUUAACUAUUCUCUUAUUCGAAUAGCACAAAUACGAACUUAGAAUGAUAUUAAAUUAAUAUUCACAUUAUCGAUUAAAAAAAAAAAGUAUAUUUUACGAACUUGUGAAUCCAUGCAAUUGUGAAAAGUACAUUUGCUUCGAUAGAAUUUGUAACUUGAAUAAAUAUUCCGAAUUCAAAAAA